UUUGUGAAUCAGAGUACACAAUGAUUUCAGGAGAAGAGAGGGAGAGAGGGUGUGUUUUAGAGACAGAGAGAGAGAGAGAGAAAGAGAGAGAGAGAGAAACGGGAAAAGGAGAGGGAGGCGGAAUGCAACAGGCUGAGCUCUGUCGUCGCUAUGAGAGGGACUUCUGACUGACAAACACAACUACUACACUCCUUCUCAGCUCUUUUCCCCACUAACUUACCCUUGCUAUCCACCACACUUUGUACCGUGUUCACAUCCCAGUCUGAGUCUGGGCCUGGUCAGGUCUUGGUUGCCAAGGUCUGACAGCAGAACAACCAGCAGCUGAGGGGCUGAAUGGCAGCAGCCCACUUCAAUUUUACCGCAGGCCCCUGACAAAGACGACGCAGGAGGAGGAAACAAGACAGUCAGAGAAAAGUUAACCAAACCACCAGCAGCACUUUUCAUGAUGGCAACCAACAGGGAGCAUCACGUGCGUCACAUGACGGGGUUUCCUCGAGCUAUGUACCCGUUUACCUUCAACUCCAUGCGAAGCCACUCCCCCUUCGACCUGCUGGCCAGUAGCCACCUCUUUGGACGGUUUGGGGCAGACCUUCCCAAAGAGAUGGCUGCAUUGUCGGUGGAGACCCAGAGCACCAGCUCAGAGGAGAUGGUGCCCAGCUCUCCUUCUCCUCCUCCUCCUCCUCGCAUCUACAAGCCAUGCUUUGUGUGCCAGGACAAGUCAUCUGGUUAUCACUAUGGAGUAAGCUCCUGUGAGGGCUGCAAGGGUUUCUUUCGGCGCAGCAUACAAAAGAACAUGGUGUAUACCUGCCACCGAGACAAGAACUGUCAGAUCAACAAAGUGACCCGCAACCGAUGUCAGUACUGUCGGCUGCAGAAAUGCUUUGAGGUUGGCAUGUCCAAAGAAGCGGUGCGUAAUGACAGGAACAAAAAGAAGAAGGAUGUAAAGGAGGAGGUGGUGCUGCCAGAUAACUAUGAGUUGAGUGGAGAACUGGAGGAGCUGGUCAACAAAGUCAGCAAAGCUCACAAAGAAACCUUUCCAUCUCUGUGCCAACUAGGAAAAUACACCACAAAUUCAAGCGCUGACCACAGAGUACAGCUGGACUUGGGUCUGUGGGAUAAGUUCAGUGAGCUGUCCACUAAGUGCAUUAUAAAGAUUGUGGAGUUUGCCAAGCGGCUACCAGGCUUCACUACGCUCACCAUUGCUGACCAGAUCACCCUCCUCAAAUCUGCAUGUCUGGACAUCCUGAUGCUGAGGAUAUGCACUCGCUACACCCCGGAACAAGACACAAUGACCUUUUCAGAUGGCCUGACUCUCAACAGGACCCAGAUGCAUAACGCUGGCUUUGGCCCGCUCACAGACCUGGUGUUUAGCUUUGCUGGUCAGCUGCUGCCUUUGGAGAUGGAUGACACAGAGACGGGACUACUCAGUGCCAUCUGCCUCAUCUGCGGAGACCGUAUGGAUCUAGAGGAGCCCCAGAAGGUAGACAAGCUGCAGGAGCCGCUGCUAGAGGCUCUGAAGAUCUACACCCGCCGCAGACGCCCAAACAAGCCUCACAUGUUUCCCCGCAUGCUGAUGAAAGUCACAGACCUCCGAGGAAUCAGCACCAAAGGUGCAGAAAGAGCCGUCACACUGAAGACGGAGAUCCCAGGCCCCAUGCCUCCACUGAUCAGGGAGAUGCUGGAGAACCCCGAGGCCUUCGAGGACAGCAGUGACUCAGGGGACAGCACUGCAACCGCUCCCCCUGCCAUUCAAGCCAUCAAACAAGAGGAGAAGGCUACGGAUGAGUCAACCGUUGAGGAGGAAGAGGAGGAAGAGGAGGAAGAAGAGGACGACUACUGGGAUGAGGAGAAGGAGCGAGGGGCGGACAGUGACGGGGAGCUGGCAGCUGGCAUGCAAAAGAAAGGCGUGACUGGGAAAACGAAGUGAGAGAGACACAAUGAUGCUGCCUUCAGAUCACUGAGCCUUUGCCAAACAAUAUCUCUUCCCAGAAACCUCACAGAAUUAGGCUCUUAUACAACAAUAAUGUUGCAUAAAGCACAUAUUUAAAUAUACUGUACAUGUUGACUGAAAGGAAAAUUUGUUAAAUUCAGUAUAGGAAGCAAUGAGUGGGAGAACCAAAAGCACUAAAUGUCAGUGAAAAGAUCUCCGUGAAAGAUCACUGUGCCAAAAUGAGACUGUCAGAAGAUAUUUCAAAAGUGUUUCGUCUACCAAAAAAGGAACGAGAGGUGGUGGACAGAAGAAAAUGCACUCCUCUGCAAUCUAUAAGGGCUAUGCUUUGUAUAAAAUUGAUGGUAAAAAUACAUGGCAACAAUAGAACUC